AUGCUUAUCAAAAUGCUUGGUAAUUAUUAUGAUGCAAUUAUUUGGAAUGAUAAAGCUUUAUUGAUAAAUUCAAAUCAUUUCAACGUUUAUUUAUCAAAGGUAUCAAAUCUAAGUCUAAGACAAUUUUAAUAGCUUAAUGUUUAAAAUAUUCUAAACAAUUAUAAUGAUGCAAUUAUAUGGGCUGAUAAAGUGUUGUCUAUAGAUUAAGAACAUAUCAAUUUAUUAUAGACUAAAGGUUUCUAUUUUUUCUUAAUAAAGGUGAAUCAUUAUAUUCAAUGA